CGGUGAGCGGCUGUUCAGCGCAAAUCCAACGCACAUCAGCGCAGGUGAGUCAGCCUCUUUGGUUGAUUGAUUUAAUCCGGGAAACGUAAAAAGCUGUAAGCACGGCGACCCGGGGAGCAGGCUGAGCACUGGCCCACAUUUAUCCAACACCAAGGACGCACAGAAGGCUCAUAACUUCCCGGAAAACAUGAAGGCGCAGUUCCUGCUACCUCUGACAAUUGUCGCGUCUGUCGCUUUAGUCGGCCUCAUGAAAAUACGGAAAAGGGAAGAAGAAAAAGAGGGCAGACGGGGGAAGUUUCAGGACAUCAAGCUGCGGGUGACCUACGAUGUGCUGGGAGAGUAUCAGAACGAGAAGAUAGAGGCGCAGAAGCAGUUGGAGAAGGCCCAAAGUAAUAUGAAGACGCUGCAGGAAGAAGCGGACGCGCUGCAGGUCAAAGCAGACAAGGCAAAGGGAGACGCGGACAUCUGCUGGGGAAGCAAGAAGACUAUUGACGAUGAGGUGGCCUCGCAAGAGACAACACUCAAUAAUCUCAAAGCUGAACAGGAAAAGGAGAAGAUAAGCUGGACGUCAGAAUUGGAAACCCUGAAAAAGCAGCUAGAAUCACAUAGCGCAAUAUGUGACUUUUUGAAACCGGGAUCAGACAUUGCAAGCCAGCUGUGUGGCAAGCCAAAGGCCGCUAACCCAGAAGAACCCAAGGCAGAGGCCGCUAAACCGGACGGACCCAAGGCAGAGGCCCCUAAACCAGACGAACCAAAGGCAGAGGCCCCUAAACCAGAUGAACCCAAGGCAGAGGCCCCUAAACCGGAAGAACCAAAGGCAGAGGCCCCUAAACCGGAAGAACCAAAGGCAGAGGCCCCUAAACCGGAAGAACCAAAGGCAGAGGCCCCUAAACCGGAAGAACCAAAGGCAGAGGCCCCUAAACCGGACGAACCAAAGGCAGAGGCCCCUAAACAAGAAGCUAAAGCAGAAGAUCCUAAGAAAAGUUGAGCAACUACAACCUGCGUUCUUGAGCACUUUUAUCAGUUUAAAAAACAACAACACACUGAUAAGCUGCAACCACAUUCCAGCAGGUUGCCUUACUGAACUGAUUGCUUCACGUGGAGGUAGGAGCCUCAAGUUGGACUGCUUAGAUCCCUGGGAUGAUAAUUAAUUAUUCGUCUGUUGUUUUUAUAUGCAACUAAUUAAGAAUGAAGUUACAUUUUGAUGUGGGCAUGCCUCUGUGUUUGUGUUACUAUUUGUGUCUAUGUUGCUGCAGAAUGCUUUUCUUAUAAACAGAUGGUGCUGGCCAGAUAUUAGAGUUCACACAUUUGAUGUUAAUAUACAGCAUUGUAAGAAAAAUUGUGUCUUGAUAGAGGAGUGAUGUAUAAAGUUUGACUGCAUCUGCCGUGCCAUCUAGUCAUGUUGCCUGGCACUUUGUUAACUGCUUAGCAGCACAAAGUUUGUCUGCUGUGGUUCAGUUUUAGGUAGAUUUAUGGUACAAAAGAUAAAUGCACUUGACAACUGUGAACUACCUUUGUUUAAUAAAAGGGCCAGGUAUGUA